AAAAAAAUCAACGACGGCGGGCACCACGACUGUUUUCCUGCGACGGCCAUCCACCUUGAAGCGAUAGGCUCUCUUCGCUGUACCGCACAUGGGCUUGCUCGAUCUCUUCGGACCGAGUCAGGAAUCUCAAAGAGUGACAGAUUCAAUGCCAGCCCUGUCGUCUCGUCCUCAUCACCACACUCCCGAAGCCUUCCAAGAGCCCGUGGACCUGAAUACAGCAUGGAGGUAUUUUCGCCAUGACCUCACAUGCCACAACGACGCGGAAACCGCCCUCCUUGACGCACCGCCGGCCGCAUUUACAUUAUGGACCCCCAGAUCCCUGGAGACCAAUCUGCUUCACCUAUCCGUUCGCUUGGAGCACGGCAUUGUCGAACACUCCAUCUUGGGGAUGUUGGCGCCAGGAUUUCAUCUGGUGUUGCCUUGCAUCAAAGCCGGCUCAAGUUCGCAUGCCACUGCAUGUGGUAUGUGCGUGCGCAUCGUCGAUUUGGACGUGUACUUGCGUAUCCAUCACGUCCACGCCACCGUUGGAUGUCGUGCCGACCGCCACGGCGUCCGCGUGUUUGAGCGAGUUUCGUGGGCGUUGAGUCCACCAAAGUACACUUCGACGUCCAUGUCGCUCCUUUUUCUACGCCAGGACGUUUUUUCCAUGCUACGAUUUGUUCACGUGGCUGAAUCAAGCGUUGUGGUGUCUGAAGUCCAACCCCACAGUGCCGCCGCCGUCGCCGGCAUUCGACCAGGCUUUCGCAUCGUUCAUGUGGAUGACGUGAACGUAACAAGUGUGCAUCAGCUGUGGACGCGUUUGACAACGACGUCGGAGUCGUUGUAUGUAUCGCUGCACUUUCAGGAGAACCUUGUGGGGGACUUGUACCAAGUGACGUUGCACAAUACGGGCAGUAUCGCCGACUGGAGUCGGUGUGGAAUCAAAUGCAGGCGGGUGUUUGACAUGGUGUUUGUCACGGAAUCCAAGGGAUAUGGCCAGCAUUGCGGCAUCUCCCGCGGCAGCUACAUCGUCGCCGUGAACGGAACACGCGUGCCGUUCAUGGGAUUUGAAGCCCUCACCGAGUUUAUCGCUGGAAGUCCGCAUUACCGCCUCCCGCUAACGCUGGACUUGCUGGACUCUAGCAACCAAGACUCAGUGAUCAUUGAGACCGAGCGCUUGCUCAUGACGGCAUCCCUGUCGGUGUUUCACAUGGCGAAAGCCACAGAGCAGCUCCGCCAACUCUUUCUGACCGUCCAUGAGGCCAUGCUCGUCCCGCUUGGCCUCGCGGACGUCGUCGACACUUGUGGGUUAGCUGCUCUGGGCAACGCAACACGAAAUGCGAUGCUUCCUUUUCUCGCCGCCACGCGGAGUCCAAGUGCGGCGGACAUGGUCCGUCUUAUCAAGACGCUCAAGAGCCGCUUUCGCCAAGCAUGUGUCCUCGGACCAGUCGUCAUCCAGUUCACUUGCAUCGCGUUGUUUACAUGCUGCUUCGUCGACGACAAACUCGUGCACCGUGAGACAACGUGGUCAUUCCGUGAACUCGUCAAAAUUCUCCCCCUGAACGCUGUGUUGUUGUACGCUGCGCCGCUUAUCAACCGAAUGAAGACCAGCGCCAAAUCGAUUGUGCGCCUGGCGUCCAUUGGCCUCCUGGCAGAGUUCAUCCAGCGGAUCCACAAGAAAAUGCUCGCAAGGGGACACGACCACCACGACAGGAGGAGGGUGAUGCUGGUCGACAUGGAAGAUCUGCGGUGGCGACACCAAAUGCUGGAAGCAGGCAUCAUGUUUGCCGAGUUGAGCACAGACAUUGACCCGUCUGUGUCGUGUGCCGCGCGGCAGUAUUUACCGUCCAUGGUGGCUGACCUGAUGCCGAUUGACGUAAACUGGGGAUGGAUAGUCCCGUUGAUCGAAGUGCUGUCAAAGGCGCUCAUGCCGGAUGGGCGGCUGGAUGCAUUGUACUUGUGUUUGCAACUGGCGCACCACCAACCGAUGACGGCGUUUUGGCGCACACGACUCGCGGUCGUGUUUGCCGGUCUCGCCAACGACGGCAACGACUCGAUUCGCAAGGCAGCGGCCGAAAAAUUCGUUGACGUUCUGGCGAAACUUAACGUUCGGGACAUCUCCGAUGCGUACGACAACGCGCGGUUGGACUCCUUCAGCCGACGCGCGAGCAGUUCCUGCCUGGUAAUGUCGGACGUAAAGGAGCAUCCUGCGGCCACCGAAUCGGCCUGCGGGUCGGCCGAGAGCAACAUCUCGGAAGUUCGAAGGCGGUGCAUGACUGUUGACGCAACGGGUGAGUCCCCGACGGCAGAAGACUCGACGCAUAUUCUCUUUACGCUGUUGGAUGCGUUUACCAACCUCCUGCAGGAAGCUCCACUGGAGAUUCAGAAAAUCGCAUGCCGCAACGUGCGACCGGUCGCGGCCUUGUUUGGCCGGGACAUUUUGUGCAAAUUUCUCGUGCCGGCUAUUCAAGACAUGAUUGUGACCGAUAUGCACGACUGCAAGAACCACGGCAGCAGUGCCGUGUACGAUUCGGUCCAUCACAUAUUGGCGAGGGAGCUAUGCUGUGUGACGACUCUGCUUGCUGAUGUCCCCGAAUUCAUCAUAUCGGACAUCUUGCCAUUUCUCGAUCGCUUGUUUCGAAAUACAGGCCACACGCAUAUCCUCAUUGAAGUUCUUGAAAAUUUCGAUUCGCUGGGCUUUGCGCUGGGAAAGCCCCACUUUCUCGAGCACCUGGCGCCACUCCUCGUGCACAUUGUCGACGCGCCCGAGUGGAAAUUACGCGUUGCGUUGGCAUACAACUUUGCCCCCCUCCUUCGGUGGCUCGGUGUCGACGAGUUCAUGGAGAUUUUCCAGUCCGCCAUGGAAACGCUCAGCACCGACGGCGUGUACCAAGUCCGUCGUUUGGCCUACGAUGCGUGGGUGGCGCUGAUGGAGAGCUCCACGUCCCAUGCGAACGAAGCCGCGUGGAGAGUCGCCACAUUCACGUUUGUAGGAGCGACGGCCCGCGACGGCAAUCACCAUCUGCGGAUAUCGUGCCUCCACUUCUACGCUGCUGUCUCUCACAUGCUUAGCACUGAGGAAAUCGAGAGCGAGGUCGUCCCUGUGCUAUCAUUGUUUUGCAAGGACCCUGUUCCGAACGUGCGAGUCGUUGUCGCCCGUGAACUCACCAAGAUGUCUCUCCCGCCGGCGCACCGCACUGCGCUGUCGACGAUGUUACAAGGAGAUGCGGACUUGGAUGUCAAGAUAUUUACGAGCCUUCAGAACAGCGACAACUAACAAAUCCUGGCGUGCGGAACCACGGCAAGAUGUAGAUUCGUGUAAAACUCCCCCCACCGACGUAAUAUCUAGAGUGUUCGUGUUUGGCGGGUCGCCUGGACGGCGGAACAAGCAGUGGUCACAAUGUUCCAAUUGUCAUGCAUAUCUUCUACUCGCGGGCGCGCUUACCACUUGGUCAACUUGUUGCGUUCGUCGGCCAAUUCGGUGGCUUCAGCCACCUUGUCUUGCAAGUAAAAGUUGAAUGGCUCUUGGAUGUUUUGGAUUUCUUCAGGCAAGUACGCGCGCUUGAAGCUCAAGUCGGCGGCACGAGACAGACGGCGGGUGCGGGCCAAAGACUGGUCCCGGUUGAGCCAGUGGACAGCACGCUGGACUUCAGCGGUUUCGACGAGGGCAUCGUCGUAACGAAGGCCGAGCUGACGAAGCUGCUUCGCCACGCUCUUCUGGUACAGCUUGGCGAUUUGUCCGAGCACCAUCGUUUCUGGGAAUACGACCAGUCAGUUC